AUGCCCCAGGCUGACCCCCUGCAGGCCUCACACGAUGCGCCGAGUUAUGUGCGCAGGCAUACGCCGCAGAUCUCCAUAUCCGACGACAAUCACCACGUUACAGAGGCCAUCGGAGGCAUGUACGGCAGCGACGACGACGAUUACCUGACGCCCUCCAAUCGCAACUCACGACCUCUGAGCUUUGUGGGAUCCGCCCUAGAGACCUACCAACUCGCGCCCUCGUAUCUCGAUACCAAGCGCUCUUCACCGCCCCGCUCUCCACUCCAGCAGACGGGUAGCAAUGAGAAACUGCCCUCGUCCGAUACGGCUGCGCGCAAAGGCAGUCUCGGCUCCGAGAACCUUCCUCUGGACUCAUCUUCUCCCCCGACCUUAUCUAGGAAGUCAUCGUCGUCGGCCGACACGGCAGUACAGCAAUUUCCCCUGAACGACAUUGACUAUGAGUCGAGUCCUGCUGCAGUAGCUCAAGAGCUCAACAACCUGCAAGCCAUUCGCCGCAUGUCAAUGAGUGUUGACAAUGCAGACCCGGAUCUUCCUAGCUUUGGCGCAUCCGCUCCCACUUCACCAGAGCCUACUGACGAUGAUGAAGCCUCGCGCCUAUUUUGGGUACCAGCGCGCCUACAUCCAGAACUUGCCCCUAAAGAAUUCAAGACGUUUGUCGAGGACCGCGUUGAUCGGAUAAGGAAGCGCUCUGGGUCAGGAGACUCUCUGAUGCCUGGUGUGGAAAGGUCAAAUUCCGGUAGUAGUCUCACAAGGAAGAAGAGCAUGCUUUCACGCCAGAUUGAUUCAUCCAAGGGAUACGAAGAUGGCGCCGAACGCCUGCAACGAAAACGCUCAGAGAGGGAACAAUCCCAGACUUCACCGACGGCCGAAAACUUGCAAGAGCUGGAAGGUCUGGUCAACAACGUCGGUCUUGAUUCUGCUAGGAAUAGCCUUGAUUCGGGUGUUCAGAUGACCGAGGCACCUAUUCUGCCUCCUCCUGGUCCCGCGCUGAAACGCUCCACGAGAACUUAUAUGCGCAAAGACCGUGCACCCUUCUCCAGAAGAGGUCUCAGCCGCCAGUCCGAUAACAACAGGCAAUCUGAAUCCGAUGGUGAGGGGAGCCGUGCACCCUCGCCCGCGCUGUCGAUGCGAGAGCCGUCGUCCCCAGGCAUCAAUCGUGUACAGACUGAGCCUGCGCCGGCUCGCGAUACUGCUACUGGCGCUGGACGACUCACCUCUUCCUCUUCAGAAGAUCUAGUCCAACACAAGACAAAUGCUAGCCAAGUCAAGGAUAGUGCUUCUCCCCAGGGCUCUGUUCCGGUCACCACUUUUCACUCUAAGAUUGCUACCAAUGGUCGGACGACUGCUCCUAUUCCCGGUGCUAGUAGUCCAAUUCCGCAGAUAGUCGAGACGCCUCCAGCUGCCAACAGCUUCACGGUCCCAGAGCGCAAAUCAUCACACGUUCCACCCUCUACACCACUAUCAUCCCAGCAGCAACAACAACAGCAGCAGCAGCAGCAGCAUUCGGCUCCUCUCUCACAUGGGCCAACGCAGCAUCAUGGCCCGCCGCGGACUCGACCCAGUGCUAGAGGCGCUCACUCCCGACCUUCACUCAUGCAUUCGAAUUCGUCUCGGUCUACCAAAUCUACGCUGGAAGACAUAUCCUCACACCCAUCACCUCUCCCUGGCAGCGGAAAUACGCGGACGGAUGCUCUCACUAUGGUACCCACAUACGAAGAGAAGAAGGUCGAGAAGAAGGACAGUCGCAAAACUAGUUGGAAUUGGCUUCUUGGUAGCGACGAGAAAGACAAGGAAAAAGAACGCAGAACGGAGGACAAAGAGCGUGAAAAGGAGGCUUUCAAGAAACAAAAGGCUGCUGCUAAGCAACCUCCCAAGACUGCAGAGAAAACCCGCUUGGACGUCCUACAAUCUUCCAUCGAUGGCAACGCUACUAUCCCCAAAGGUCGAGAGUCACUGGUACUCGAUCGCGAGAGCUUCAGACUUGAGGAAGAGCGCAAGAAGGAGAGCUCGAGAAAGUCUUCUGAUGGCAGGAAAGACAAGGACUCGGGCAUUCUGUCUGCCAUCUUUGGAGGUGGAAAACGAUCGAAAGAGCCCAAGCAGCAAUAUCAUGCGCCAAAAGAGUCUCUGCGUGCACCCUCUCCAGAACCAGCUCCGAGAAUCCUUCGGCCGGACAUCGAUUACAAUUGGACGCGAUUCAGCAUCCUCGAGGAGCGUGCUAUCUACCGAAUGGCACACAUGAAGCUUGCCAAUCCUAGGAGGCCACUACACAGCCAAGUCCUGCUCUCGAACUUCAUGUACAGCUAUCUGGCCAAGGUGCAAAUGUAUCACCCUCAGAGUCAAGUCCCAGUGGCACAAAAGACGGCUCAGGCUAGACAGCAGCAAUUGCAGCAGCAACAGCAACAGCAAAUCCAACAACAGCAGCAACCUUUAGAGCAGCAACAAGACGGUGUUCCAGCGGAUGGAAGGGUACGUGGGCGCGAACAAUCUAUUAUGGCUUAA